CUAUGGCACAUAGGUUACCCGUCCACUCCAGAGACAGAUACUGUCUCUCCUCUUUCGUUCUCCUUUAUUCAUUCAGUGCUAUACAGAAGUGUUAUCAGGAGGCGCAUGGUGAUCGUUAAACGUUAGGAUUGCGGACAGUGCCGAUGAUGAUGGAGGGGCAGUGCAGUCGCUGUAAGAUCGUUGUGGUCGGUGACACGCAGUGUGGAAAGACGUCGCUGCUGCAUGUGUUUGCCAAGGACAACUAUCCAGAGAGUUACGUGCCAACUGUGUUUGAGAACUACACGGCAAGCUUUGAGAUUGAUAAACACCGCAUUGAGUUGAACAUGUGGGACACAUCAGGUUCCUCCUAUUAUGAUAAUGUGCGACCCCUGGCAUAUCCAGACUGUGAUGCUGUGCUCAUCUGUUUUGAUAUCAGCAGGCCAGAGACCCUGGACAGCAUCCCUAAAAAGUGGCAGCUAGAAGCUCAAGAAUACUGUCCUAGUGCAAAGCUGGUGUUGGUCGGCUGUAAGCUGGAUAUGAGGACAGAUGUCAACACUUUACGAGAACUGUCCAAACAGCGGCUCAUACCUGUCACACAUGAACAGGGGAGCCUACGUGCACGUGAGCUGGGCGCUGUUGCCUAUGUGGAAUGUUCUUCCCGUAUGUGCGUCAACAGCGUGCGAGAUGUCUUUCACAUCACCACGCUUGUGUCAGUCAGACGUGGCCCCACCCCAAGCCUCAAGAGAAGCACCUCACGACGCACGGUCAAACGCAUGUCAAAUCAGUCACUACUGCCAGUCACCUCGCAAGCCACGCCCCUCGAACCCAGCCCCACCCUUAGGGAGGACAGGACCAAGAGCUGCACAAUCAUGUAGACCAAAAUACGAAAAUGCACGCAUUAAUGGACAUCUGCACAUGCACACACAGUGACAGUGUUUUGUUUGAUUUAAGACAUGUGCAGAAGAUUUUAUGUAUUUAUGGGACAUUGAGGGUCAUAUGUGACCCAUAAGACUGUACAGUUGUGUGAAUAAAUUAUAAAGAAGACUUCUAUUUAUGAACUUUAAUUUUAUUUUUAUGGUUAUGGUGUUACUUAGCAGAGCUCAGUGUCACAAAGUGUGUCACCCAAAGCAAAAAAGAAUAAAAAAAGAAAGAUUUGAUUUUUUUUGGCUUGGAUUGCUUCGUGUUAAAAAUAUGUAUUCCUACACAGAAGUACUAGGCUGAGAGGUAAAAUAUACUUUAGUAGCCCAAAGGCGCAGACUAAAAGACCAGCCAAAGACAGGGACAUCUAAAACAGAUUAGAUCAAAGCUCAGCAAACCAUCUGAAUUCAGUGUUUUAUCUGAGUGACUAAACACCAUAUGAGUUAUUUUUGCGGUUGGUUCCCAUAUGCCCAUUUUGUCCUUUCCAGGGACGCACCCCUCUAGGGAUCACAGACCCAUCACAAGCUCAGUUGCGUGGAACUAAAUCACUGGAAUCCAGAGAAUCUUUCACCAGCAUUAGAAACGAUCAGCAUUGAUGUUAGCAGAACAAAGACAUCUGUGACUUCUGCUGUUCACUCUUUUAGUGACAGAACAAUCAGUCAUGCUUUGUGACAUCACAAAAGCUUUUUUUACACUCUAGUGGGUGCCAACCUAAAUUUUGCGAGUUAUCUAAAAAGUAGGCUUUUUCACACAUUAUCAUUUGUACAUCAGAAACAGUUG